AUGCGCAGAGCGCGCGGGGCGCGGUUGCCGUGGCAGCGCCGGCUCCAGGGAGGGCUGCUGGCGCCUGGCCGGGACCGCGGGGCCUGAGGCGGAGACCGGAAAGCCCGCGACCGGGCCGGAGGCGGCUCGGGACAGGCUUGAGCGGCGGGGCGCGCUGCCCGGCCGGCGGGGAUGCGGGACCGGCUGCCAGACCUGACGGCGUGUAGGAAGAAUGAUGAUGGAGACACAGUUGUUGUGGUUGAGAAAGAUCAUUUCAUGGAUGAUUUCUUCCAUCAGGUGGAGGAGAUUAGAAACAGUAUUGAUAAAAUCACUCAAUAUGUUGAAGAAGUAAAGAAAAACCACAGCAUCAUUCUUUCUGCACCAAACCCGGAAGGAAAAAUAAAAGAAGAGCUUGAAGAUCUGAACAAAGAAAUCAAGAAAACUGCGAAUAAAAUUCGAGCCAAGUUAAAGGCUAUUGAACAAAGUUUUGAUCAGGAUGAGAGUGGGAACCGGACUUCAGUGGAUCUUCGGAUACGAAGAACCCAGCAUUCGGUGCUGUCUCGGAAGUUUGUGGAAGCCAUGGCGGAGUACAAUGAGGCACAGACUCUGUUUCGGGAGCGGAGCAAGGGCCGCAUCCAGCGCCAGCUGGAGAUAACUGGGAGAACCACCACAGACGACGAGCUAGAAGAGAUGCUGGAGAGCGCGAAGCCAUCCAUCUUCACUUCCGACAUUAUAUCAGAUUCACAAAUUACUAGACAAGCUCUCAAUGAAAUCGAGUCACGUCACAAGGACAUCAUGAAGCUGGAGACCAGCAUCCGAGAGUUGCAUGAGAUGUUCAUGGACAUGGCUAUGUUUGUGGAGACUCAGGGUGAAAUGAUCAACAACAUAGAGAGAAACGUUAUGAAUGCCACAGACUACGUAGAACAUGCUAAAGAAGAAACAAAAAAAGCUAUCAAAUAUCAGAGCAAGGCAAGAAGGAAAAUGAUGUUCAUUAUUAUUUGUGUAAUUGUUUUGCUUGUGAUCCUUGGAAUUAUCCUAGCAACAACAUUGUCAUAGCAACCAUAUCCCAAGAGCCAUUUAUCCUUGAGACUCAGACCACAUCUGCAACCAAAUCAGCAUCCUGUCAUUUCGUGAAUGAAUCUCAGACGCCGUAACCUGGCAUCGAGUGCUGACCUUUUAAUGUAUGAGUUCAUGGAAGAAGCACAACCGAAUGUCUUGUUCAGUGAAAGCGCCGUGAGCACAGUGGGUGUGAUGCGUGACCCUGAAUGACACACUACAGAAUGUGAGCAGUGUGAGACUUCUCUCACUGGCCUUGAAAUAAGAAAAUAUUGAACAUUUUAAUAUUAAAAAUAUUUCAGUGUUAACAAAUGUGCAUGAAGUUUAAUUAGGAAGGAAUGCCUUAUGUUAUGAAGCUUUUUUUUUUUGGAGACAGUCUCGCUUUGUCAUCCAGGCUGGAGUGCAGUGGUGCGAUCUCAGCUCACUGCAACCUCAGCCUCCCGGGUUCAAGCAAUUCUCCUGCCUCAGCCUCCCGAGUAGCUGGGAUUACAGGCAUGUGCCACCACGCCCAGCUAAUUUUUUGUGUUUUCUUUUUAGUAGAGACGGGGUUUUACCAUGCUGGCCAGGCUGGCCUCAAACUCCUGACUUUGUGAUCCACCCACCUCAGCCUCCCAAAGUGCUGGGAUUACAGGUGGGAGCCACCGGGCAGGCCGUUCUGAAGCUUUGAGAUCUCAGGUCUAAGGCUUCCUUUCCCUCCCUCUCCCAGCUAGUAUGUGCUAAUUAAGAGACCUUUUAUACUGUUUUGUUUAUUGCCUGUUUGAAGAAAUAAUUUUUAUCACGUUUUUGUAAGAUAUCUAUAAUUUUAAAUGUUUAUACAUUGUUUAAUUUAUUAGCAUCUUAAUGUACCCCAUUUUUAUAUACUGAAUGUGGCCUUUUGAGCGAAAUAGGAAGCUUCAUGGUGUUGGAGCCACCUUUGUACAGUUGUUUAAAGUUUCCCAUUGUCACGGAAAACAUUGGUUGCAAAGCCCCUCAAAGCCCUCAAGUGCCUUCUGUGAGUUUCAGUGUGCUGGUGCCCUCCAGAAGAGCCUCGGCCUCAGCUCCAUUUCCGCCUGUUCCCUCCCCCGGGGUAAUGAAUGGUUACUGCACUGUAAAGACCGUGGUCUCUUUUCACUAAAUAGGAGAUUCGAGUUUCCCAGUUUACAUGAAUGAAGUCUGAAUUUAAGACGGUGUUGAAACUGAGGUUCAGUACUCUCGGGACUCGAGGAAAUUAUUCCUGAGACAUGGAGUAAUUCUUACAAAUUUAAACUAUUGUACAGAUCACAUACAUGUUGUUAAGUACCUAAUGUUUUGCUGAACUUUAAAAGUUAAUUUCCAAAAUGUAUAGGGAUUCAUGAUAAUUAAACCUCUUUAUUGCUCAUUUUUUUAGUAGAAGAAUAUGACUUAUUUUUAGACUUGUAAAAUGUAUGAACUGGUGAGCGGACAUCUGUUAAGAGAGUCACUAGUCAGAAUGUUAAAGGAGUGCAUGCAGGAUGCCCCACAUGUCGUGAACUCCUGUUACUCCUGUAUGUGGUAGUGUAAGCAUGUGACUUUUAACACCAUUUGGUUUGAAACUAAUGUAGGGAUGCCUGAUUCCAAACAGGUGUGGAGAAUAUUGAAUGGCUCAGAAGCCACGUCCCUUAACACAAUUCCGAAUCUCCCUCAUCCGUGACGUGUCCAUUGGAUCACUCGCUGGUGGUCACUGUGUGGCAGUUACUAGGGGAAUUCUGCCUCUGACUGUUUUUUUUCUUUUGGUCUUUAAACACCCUGUCGUGGGAUGUGCUCACUGAUUUGUGGCUAUGUUGAAGGUAUCACUUGUCAUGAGGGUUUUCAAUAUUUCAGGAUCAUGCUGGUGGCAAAAGGACUCCACGCCUCUGUGGAAUCAUGUCCAUGGGGGGACCUGCCUCCCGUGAUGUCCCACCUUUCCUUCAAGGUCUGUCAUAUGAGUCCUCCCCUUUUACAACACUUAUUAUGGUAUUUUUCAAGUUAUUCUUCUUAGAUUUGCAGUACCUACUGAAAUUUGUGUUUUUAUAGUUGAAGUUAGGAAAAUGCUAUUUGAUUUGUAUUUAGAUAUUUACGUCACUUGUCCAAUGAUCCAAUGACGUGUAUGUCUAAGCCUCAUGUACCGAUUUGAAGUCAGACUUAAAAAUGUAUUUACAGAUUCACUUGAGACUUUUUAAUCGGUUCUUCAAAUAUUUCAUGUUUACAUUAAAAAUUUCCAGAGAAGCAUAAAAGUAUUCACUUUCCUGCCUUGUCAUUUCUGGAAAGAUUUUGGGGAGAUAUUUUAUUGCAUAUUCAUUAAUAAAUUGUUCUACUAGGAAAA